GCGCCCUCUACGCGAACCGCGAGAUCCAGUUUUACGUUGCGGCCGUGUGCGUCGUCUUUUCCGCGGAUCCGCGCACUGCGUGUGGCGCGGCGGCGUGUCUUCCUCGAAUAAUCUCGUGUCGCGACUAUUUUUGCCGGUCGAGUCUCGGCCGAAGCCGCCGAGCCGAAUCAGUUGGUGGGUUCCCUGCGUGGUAGUCGCCCGACCCCAAUCGAUCCCGAACCUCGCUCCCGAGUCAGUCAGUGCACGUGCUCCCCGCAGUCGCGUCCUCGUGUUGUGAUUCGGCCGCCGAUUCUCGAUUCCGGAUCAGCUCCCAAGGUGUGUUUGAGUUACUGUUACUAGCUGAAUUUUGCACGGUGAUUUCAAGAAACCCAAGGCUGUCAGCCGGUAGGACUAACAAAUCCUGAAUGAGCGAUUCCUGAUUGACGCACACCACUUCUUCUCAACUCUCAGCAAAAAUGGAGCCAAGCACAGGCGAGCCGCAGGCCACUGAGCUCGACACCUUCCUUCCCCAAGAUGGAUCUAACAAAGAUGGAUCAUCAGCAAAGUACAAAGUGCAAGUGCUGCCGACACGGCCGCGGGACGCGGAGGCCGCCGCAGGGACCGGGCACCACGAGAAGGGCUACUGGGACCCGUUCAAGGAGCGGAAGCUAGACCACGCCACCACCGACGGCGAGACGCUCACCCAUCUCCUCAAGGCCUCCCUCGGCACCGGGAUCCUGGCCAUGCCGGCCGCCUUCAAGAACGCCGGCAUGAUCACCGGCAUCUUCGCCACCAUCAUCGUCUCUCUCGUCUGCACCCAUUGCUCAUACGUCCUGGUAAAAUGCGCACACUCGCUGUAUCAUAGGAAGAAAGUGACUACAAUGACCUUUGCAGAUGUCGGAGAGGUUGCUUUUGCGAACGGACCUCCAUGGGGCCGGAAAUUCUCCAAAUGGGCUAGAUUCUCCAUUCUCUUCGGUCUAUUCUUAGCGUACUUCGGAACAUGCAGUGUCUACACUGUUAUCAUCGCCAAAAAUUUCAAGAUUGUGAUAGAGCAUCAUUCUCACUACAAUGCAGACAUACGGUUUUACAUAGCGGUUCUGCUUGUCCCUCUCAUUCUGCUCAGUUGGAUCCCUAAUCUGAAGUACUUAGCGCCGAUUUCUAUGCUGGCCAACUUCCUCAUGGCCGGUGGUCUGGGCAUAACUUUCUGGUAUCUUGUUUGGGACUUGCCAAGUGUCUGGGAGCGCCCCCAGUUUGCCUCCUGGGAGACCCUGCCUGAUUUCUUCAGUACGACUAUCUUUGCCAUCGAAGCCAUUGGUGUGAUAAUGCCUUUGGAAAACGCCAUGGAAACUCCUCAACACUUCGUUGGCAUUUGUGGUGUUCUUAACCGAGGGAUGAGUGGAGUUACGAUGAUUUACAUCUUACUAGGUUUCCUUGGUUUUCUCAAGUUUGGAGACGCUGCUCAAGACAACAUCACAAAUAACUUGGAUAUCACACAAAUAGCUCCUCAAGUUGCCAAUAUCUUCGUAGCAAUUGCUGUUUUCUGCACAUUUGGUCUUCAAUUCUUCGUAUGCCUAGAAAUUGGCUGGGAUUCUGUCAAGGGCUACUUUCCGAAGAGACAAAGAUUCUACAAUUAUAUCGUCAGAACUGUGCUUGUUUCAGGAGCUGUGUUCUUGGCUAUUGCAGUGCCAACAAUAGGCCCAUUCAUCAAUCUAAUCGGAGCCCUCUGUUUCUCACUCCUGGGGCUCAUAAUUCCUGUUUUCAUUGAAUUCGUGACGUAUUGGGACGUUGGAUUUGGCUCCUUCAAUUGGAUAGUGUGGAAGAAUAUCCUAGUCCUCAUUUUUGGAGUUUUAGCCCUAGUCUUUGGCUCGGCCACUAGUAUCAAAGGGAUUGCGGCACUGUAUGCCCCGCAAGGUCCUGUGGCUGAUGGAUUCAACAAGACUUUAGAAAACCUAUCAAGUUACAACACAACAAGUGUUUGAAUGUGCUACUUCCUUUACUCCAUUAUUUUCACCAAAAUGUUCACCGGGUGCCUAAUUUAGGUCUGUUAGAAUUGCAUGUGUCCAUGAGCAAUUUUCUAAGUUUGAAUUUUUUUUUCUCAGAUCAGUUUUUUCGGAUUUAGGUAGCUUUAACUCAAAUUUUAUACCCUAAUUAAAAAAUUCUGUUGUCUUUUUGGAAUGCUGAACUAUCAUACUUUAAUUUAAGUUGUGUGAGGGGUAUAAUCUUUUUAAACCUUCCAUCCACCCUGUGUCAAUGAGCUUUGCACACCCUUUUUUAUUAAGUUCAACAGAAUAAUUGUUUUCCUUCAUAUUUUUCUUUACCAGUGAAUUUUACUAAAUUCGGCAUGUCAGCCCUUCUCAAAUCUAAAAUUCGAAUGAAAGACUGGUCUGAAAGCUUUUGUUUCUUCAUUGUAAUCGACACACAACAAUAAUACUAGAACAGUCAUCAUUGCACAUUGAAAACAUGUGUAAGUCAUCUCAAUUAAGGGUUUUCCACACUUUUUAGGAAGCGAUUAAAUGAUGCCUUAAAUUAUCAAGGGAAAUCAGUGGCCAUUCUAUGAACAUACUGUGAUAGCGUUUAUAUUAUUUUGUGCGCUGAAGCCUGAGUUUAAAGAGCUUACUUUUUUUAUCAUGAACUUGAGGGUAUACUUAGCAGCUUUUGUCAACUUAUUUAUUCUGUUAUUUUAGGUUGUACAUACUGUUAUUUUUUUCAACAGUAAUUUUCAAUCAGCGUACUUAUAACUCGUUGUCAUUGUUUUUAUUCUUUAUUUUAUAAGAUUGCUGUUAUUGUUGCAUUUUUGUCCAGAAGCAUAUCAUAUCCUUAAUUUUUGUUCAAACUGGAGCUUUUUAGCUCUUUGAACUUCAGUUGCUGUUUGCAGAUUUUCAAAAGUUUGUAUCUAAGUUUUUAUCCGGCGAAAGUUAUGUACUUAUUUAUCUGCACUCUUUAUUGUAUUAACAAGGUAUCAUUUUUGUUUCUGUCAGUUUUUAAAACAUUUUGUUGAGUAAAUCUUUUAUAUUUCUACAAAUCUAGACAGUAAUGGAUAGUUGAUUUUACAAAAUCUUUAAAUAAUUUAUUUUUGCAGUAUAUUUUUUUCCUCUGUUUCAGAGUUAAGUUCAGUUUUUUUUCUUUCCUUCUAUGCAAGGAAUUGAAGUACAUAUUUUUUAAGAAGGCCAUGAAAAAAUUUUAAGUAAAAAAAAUUAUAAACUGCAGAUUUUCAAUUGUCUUCUGUAAACAUUAAAGUUUUCAAAAGUUGCUCUCCAUGGUGUCGGCAUCUUUUUUUUUACUUUCUAAAGUAAUUUGUGCCUUUUGUUUCUUUUGAUAUAUGUACUUUUUUCUGGGAGCAUUUGAUUAAUAUGAAUGAAGCAUGCAUUGCAUUGUUAUUGUUUAUCAUCUCACUGGCUGCCGCACAGGCUAUGCUAAUUACACCUCCCAGAAUACCUAUUAUGAAGAAUUGGUGAGCAGCAAAUAACUCAUUUUUAUUUGAUAUCGUUGCAGGAUAAGAUAUUUUUUUUCUUUGGUAUCACGGUAUCUUGGCACUAUGACAUGCCCUCAAGACAGCCUUUCAUACACAUUUUGUGUCUUGCAAGCAAGCUGUAUUCAUUUUUGAGCAAUUUUUAUUACGUCACUUUUCAUGAGCCUCAGAGAUAAGUGCUGAAAAAUUAUGACCGUCACUGUUGAUUUUUUUCUUGGAUAAUUUUCAUCUUGGAAAAUUGUACUGUAUUAUUCAUUUUCUUAUUUUGUAAUACCCUAUUUUAUUUCUAGACAUGUAAGUCAUUGAGCAUUUUUAUGACCGUACUCAUAGUUUUUAGUUUUGUACCAAGACGUCAAUUUCCUCUCGCAAGAUUGUAAAGUUUAUUGUCCUUUAGUCUUUGAUGAGCUGUUUUCCGUUUUUGGUGCUGAAUUUGCUGUAUAAAGAUAAGAUAUUUUUUUUGUUUUAUUUUUUUAAUAAAUUGGUCGUAAUUAGUUAGUAGUAGAAUAUCUACCUUGUAUUUAUAUGAUAUGAUUCUUUGUUUCAUCAAUGCAUAAUAAUAAGUAAUGAUAAAAUUACAGAAUUUUUUUUAUAAGGUUUAUUUUUUCAAUUCAGCCAAUAACACGAACUGUUGUUUUACUUUAUCGAUUCUUUCCUUCGUUCAUCUCACUGCUUUUGAUUUGGAUUGUUUUAGCUCUGAAUAGCAUGUUCCAGCCAUAUCUAUUUUCAAAAGAAAUGAAUACCUAUUAAAUUUCUCAUGUUUUGUCUUGUUUCAAAGGUCAAUUCAGUGCCUUUUGGAUUCUUUCUUUCUUUCUUUUUAUUUUUUGGCACACUUGUAAAUAAACCCUGAAGCAAAUUCAAAUUAUUUUUAGAGAUAUGUUGCAGUUUAUUUAAUUAGAUAGAUUUGAAUUCAGUGCUGUUGACUGUCAGUUAUUCAUUUCUGUUAUUUGUACAUUUUAUCAUUUCAUGUAUAUUCUUGAAUUUAAAAAAAAGACAAAUUAUGAAGUCGGCUUUGGCCAUCUGAAAGUUUCGUUUCUUUCAUUAUUUUUUAUUUUUUCGUAAUGUCAGAUUUUUCACUGGAAUAAGCUAUCUGCUGCCAACUUAUUUCCAACCAUAUAAUAAAGUUUUGAAUAAUUAUGUA